GAUUAACACAAAACUGUUGGAUUUAGGUUCAAAUCCGCCUCCACACUCAAUCGAAAUCCGAAAAUUCCAUUGUUUCCAUUGAAACACGGUUUCUCCAAAAUCAAAACCCCCUUUCUUCUCUCACUCUUCUCCAAUUCCCCGCCAUGAUAUCAUCGCGGCAAGACCAAACCGGCGCGCCGCUCAGCUCCUCCACCACCACCACCACCCCCGUGGUGGCGCCGAUCAGCGUGGUGGACCACGGCCUCCCCUACGACACCCACAACCUCUACGACGUCUCCUUCAACAACACCCACACCAUCUACACCCUCCUCACCUCCGACCCCUCCCUCGUCGACUCCUGGAUCUCCACCGUCCUCCGCGACCACCAGCACCAGCACCAGCAGCGCGUCCUCACCGUGGGCCUCGACAUCGAGUGGCGCCCCAACACCCAGCGCAACAUGCAGAACCCCGUGGCCACACUCCAGCUCUGCGUCGCCGAACGCUGCCUCGUCUUCCAGAUUCUCCACUCCCCUUCAAUCCCUCCCUCUCUUGUUUCCUUCCUCGCUGACCCUAACAUCACUUUCGUUGGUGUUGGGAUCCAAGAAGACGUGGAGAAGCUUCUAGAAGAUUAUAAUCUUAACGUGGCGAAUGUUCGUGACCUUCGCUCCUUCGCUGCGGAGAGGCUUGGCGACCUUGAGCUGAAACGGGCCGGGCUCAAGUCUUUGGGCCUCCGCGUGCUGGGCCUGGAAGUUGCCAAGCCCAAGCGGGUCACCAGGAGUAGGUGGGACAAUCCCUGGCUCACUGCCCAGCAGGUUCAGUAUGCAGCCGUUGAUGCCUUUCUCUCUUACGAGAUUGAUCGCCGUUUGAGUUCUUAUAAUUAAUUCAUGCCUUUUGUUUUUUUUUCCUUUUCUCACUUGUCUUGUGUAGGAGUAUUUGGUAAUUUUGUGAAUUGUAACACUUGGUGUUGCUUGCUAUGUUACCAUUCGAAUGCUUAAUUUGAUUUUUCUGAAAUUUGGACCUUGGUUCUGAUACAUACGAUGAUUCCACUGAUUUUA